AUGAGCAGUGAAAAACCAGAAGCCAAGCCACCAAAAGGACCAUCCCCUACUGAAUUUCAAGAGUUAUACAAAAAAUUCGACGCCAAAGUCGAUUAUAACCAAAGAAUCAAAGAAUUAAAUGAAUAUUCUCUUGAUGAAAUGAUAGUUUAUAACCUACACGUACGACCAGUUCCCAACGAAUAUGUCAGAUAUAAUUAUGAAACGUUUUUAUUUUUUCAUAAUGCAAAAUUCGGUUUUCCGAAUCUUGGAAUUGAGAUGUUCAACAUCUACAAAGAAAAUACAACAGUAGAUUCAUACUUAAAGCGAAUUAUCGACAGUAAAAUCUACAAUUGUUACGAAAAAAUUUACAAAAAAGACUCAAACAUGUAUGUUUUCUGCCAGUGGAUAAAUUCAAUCGCCAAAGACGGGAAAUUUGGUAUCAUAUUCAACAACGAAACCUUUAACGAUGAAGAAUACAGCGGAUUCAAAUUUGACUACAUGAAAAAGGUCUUUACAAGCUUUAUCUACAAAAAUAAAGAAUAUAAACCAGAUAUAGAGAACCUUAUUGUCAAAGCUGGCCUACCAAAAGUCGAUCUUACGUUGAAACCUUCGUAUAAUAUUUCAUUACAAGAUUUUAUUGGCUGGAAACUACUUUCCAACACAAAAAAAUCACCAUUCGCGAGCAACAGAUCACUUCUUAACAUGGUAUCAAUGGUCAUUGACGAGAUAAAAUCAGUAAAAUCGAAAGAUCAAAUUUCUCCACGACAAUACUAUUUCGUUUUACAUAUUUUACAAAGAAUCAUCAUCAGUGCGUCUAAAGUACAGUCAAACGACCUUUCUGAUGCCAUUACGAACUUCUUUAACUCACAAGUUACAUCAAAUGAAGAAAUUCAAGGAUUAAUGACGCUUUUGAAGCUGGAAUUCAUCAACAUCAUUGGUAUUUAUACACAAGAAAGGGAAACAUUCAUGAAAGCUCUUGUUAAUUUCUAUAUCAACAGAGAUUUCAGGAGAAAUCAGUUAAAUUUCGCAGAACCAAUCAAAAUUUCGAACGAAAUCGAAGAUUUCAAGUGGUAUAAAAGCGUUUGCAAAUACUCCGCGUGUUGUUUCUUCUUGGACAUGUUCCAAAAAGAAAAAAGUUAUGAAGCAAUUUCAUUUUUGACAUUUUUAUAUCAAAAAUUGAAUGAAAAACCGUUUAUUGACAAACUUCUUUUCUUUGACUUUUCUGUUGUUCCUGAAAUAGAGAAGAUCGCCGCAGAUAUUUUCAGCGAAGAGAUGAAAGAAUAUCCAUUAUACAAAGACAUCAAAAACGUGAAGAAAAGAUUUAAUUCUAACAUCAGAUAUUUAUCGAAAGAAAGCUUCGAAAUCAUCAACGAAUGUUUGUUAUUUACUAGCAAUAUGAUGCCAGUAAGAGUUCCUAAUUCUUCUGGAGUGAAUUUUACUUUUGGAGAUUGGAGAAUUGAUUUCAAAAACAUGGCAAAUUAUGACUAUGAUUUUCGCUCAAUUUCUAAAAGUUUUGAUACGAUUUCUGGAAUUGAUUCUGACAUGAAAAUGGACAUCUUGAAGAAACUCGCUGAGAACUACACAUCUGUUGACAAUUUAAAGCAUUUCCAAGCAAAUAUCGUUGAUGUAAUGAUGUCUGCUGACAAUGAAAAUCAAGAAAAAUUAAUUGGUCACUUCACUUUAUCACAUAUUACAGAUUUAGUUCUUCAAUGUGAUGCCAGUGACUUAUUCCAAGAGUAUAUAAACAAUGAACAUCCAGAAGCAGCAAAACAGACCAAUAAAAAACCAUCAAAAUCAUCCAAAACAAACAAAAUCAAAGAAGAAAAACCAAAAACUCCAAUUCCAAAAGAAAAGAAACCAACAAUUUCUGUUUUCGAUGUAAAGAAACAAAAAAUGUCAUUUUUAGAACUCAAAGAUCAAACUGCUUAUAUUAUAGGUGGCGAUGAAUUUAAAGUUAUAGAUUUACAAGAAAAGAAACAAACAAAUGAUAAUGAUAAUAAUGAAGAUGAAAGUGGUGUUUACAGAGGAUUGUCAAUUAAAAAGAAAGAGAAGAAACAAAAGAAACAAAAUAAUCCUGUUGUUGAAGAAGUCAAACAAGAAAUAAAACCAGUUCAAAAUGGUUGGGCAAAACUCUCUCUUAAACCGAAGAAGAAGAAAGAAGAGGAAGUUAUUGAAGUGUAUAGUAAACAAUCGAAACCUGAUGUUAAACCAUUCAUUGAAGCUGUUUCGAAGAAAAACAUUGGUUGGGGUGAUUUGGAUCUAAAAGGAAAUGUUCAACAGACAAAAAUUGUAAAACAUGAAGAAAUCGAACCAAAAAUUGAAGAAAAAAUCGAAGAAAAUGAACCAAAACAACCAGAAAAAGAGAUUGUUUAUGGUGGAAUAACUCUUAAGUCAUCUAAGAAAUCAAAGAAACAAAAUAAGAACAAACAAAAACAAGAAGAACCAAAACAAAUUGUUAAAAAUGAAUUUAAACCUGAAAAAAUUGAACAAAAACUAGUUGAUUUCAAUCCAAUCAAACUAGAUGAUACAAAAUCAGUUGACUCUCAACAAAGCGACUCACAAGAAACAAAAUCAAUUGAUACUAAUUCAGUUGAUUCACAAGAAAUGAAAUCAAUUGAUUCACAAGAAACAAAAUCAAUUGAUACUAAUUCAGUUGAUUCACAAGAAACAAAAUCAAUUGAUACUAAUUCAGUUGAUUCACAAGAAACAAAAUCAAUUGAUACUAAUUCAGUUGAUUCACAAGAAAUGAAAUCAGUUGAUUCACAAGAAAUGAAAUCAGUUGAUUCACAAGAAAUGAAAUCAGUUGAUGCAAAUGAAAAUGAAAUGAAUCAAAGUGAUUCUAGUCAAAAUGAAAUUGUUGAAAUGAUGGAAAAUAAUGAUAAUUACCAAGAAGAAAACAAAGAUAAUGAUUACAGCUACAACUAUCCAGAAGAAAUGACUAAUUAUGAUGACCAAUUACAAUCAUUUCCUUCAAUCAUUGGUAACAGUAAUCAAUAUUUCGAUCAACCUCAAUCUGUCCAAGAAACAAAUCAACAAAACACUUUCAUGAACUCUUAUCCUGAUCAAAUCAACUCUUUUCCAUCAGUUCUUAACUCUAACUCAAGUAAUUCUCAAUCAUUUCCAUCAGUUAUUGAAACAAAUCAAAGUAGUCAAUUAAAUCAAAACUUGUAUUAUAAUGGUUUGGAUCAUUUGUUCUGUGAAAAGAUAGGAAAUGCAACAGUCUCCAAUUUCUCACAGAUAUGCAUAAAUGUUUCACAUGUAAUGGAUAUACAAGUAACUCCAUUUGAAAUUUCAAUUCAUUACAUUGAUUUGACUGGGGAAGUUCCCUUUGUAAAAGUGACAGAUGAAUUAAUGAACAGUGUCAAAUGGCUUUACAAAGACAAUUUUAUUACGUUUUACAUCAAUUUCAAUAACAAUGAGCCAGGACAGCAUCUUCUCCAAGGAAGUAUUUCCAUAAAUGAUUUAGUUUUCCCGUUCCAGUUCAUUUACACAAUUUUCGAAACAGUUUGUUACAUAAAAAUCUCUGAUCUUAACUUUUACAUCGAUCAGAAUUUCAGACCAACAAGCUAUGUAAAGUAUGCUUCUCCUAAUGAUACAUUCAUGGUAUCUGUCUAUGACUCCAAUUUCAAUAAAUUGGACCAUAAAAUUGAUUUGUAUGGAGAAAAAUUGCCAAUGUUACUGAAAAAUGAAAAAAGUGACACCCAAAUUUGUCUCAGCGGAAGUUCGAACUUUGCAAUGGUUGUUUACAUAUCAAAACAACCGAAUAAGAAUUUCUAUACUGGAAUACAGUUUAAUUUGACGUUUUCUCCCAAUGUUAUGAGUCAAAAUUUGAUUCCAAAUAAUUUUGAUGUAAUUAAAUUCUCGAGAAGUGAAAUUUCAGUUCUAAACUCAAAUGACUUGGACAUGACACCGAGAAACACUGUUGCUUUCGAUAUAGGAUACCAUAAUUUCUAUAAUUUGAUGAAUUCUUUUAAUAUUAAUAGAUACCAAUACAUAACAUAUGACAAUGCUCCAAGUUUAUGCCUUACUUUGCCUUAUUUGAUCUAUAGCAACACAAUAAAUAAGGAAACAAUUGGAUUUUUCUUUAAUUCUUUGACUAGUUUGUAUAAUCAGAGCAAAAACAAUCCACAAAUGAAGAUGUUCAAUGAUUCAUACGAAUUAAUGAUAGAAUUUAUCUCUAAUCAGUACCAAAUGAAGAAUUUUGAUGUAGAUAAGAUAUUUAAGAAUUCUUCUCCUUCUUUAGAUGAAAACGAUCAACAGAUGAGUAACCAAUACCAAUUUUACUCAGGUCAGAAUCAAUAUCAAUAUUAA